GAAGAUGAAGAAGGGGAGAAGGAAAAAAAAAAGAAUAGAUGAAGAAACGAAAGGUAAAAUAAAUUUUAAUAUUGUAAUAUUUGUUCCCAAUAUUUUACAAAUUAUAAUUAAGUUCUAAAUUUACUUAAUUGAUUUUUAAUUAUGUGUCCCUUUUAAUUGUUUCAACUCUGAAGUGGUUCUUCAACCUCAUUUUCGCUGCUUUGAGCUUAAAACCAAAGGGAGCAAAUUGUAUUUUCUAAAACAUGAGGGGAAAAUUCGAAUUAAAGUUUCUCUUCGGACUUGAACAAAUCCUCACUUGUUAAGAAAAAAGAAAGCCCAGUUAGGAUCCAUUGAAAUUGUUUUAUGCUUAUUCAACAAAAUUACUUAUAAAGAAAGAGGAAGGGCAAAGGCAGUGAUUGUAUGUAUAUAAAAGAAGAAAUGGACGGACCACCAGAGAAUGAUGUUUGUUCUAUAUGCCAUGGCAGUUUCCAUAUUCCUUGUCAAGCUAAUUGUUCCCAUUGGUUUUGUGCUAGCUGUAUUCUACAAGUUUGGGAUCAUGGAUCCGCCCUUCAAGCAUGUAAAUGUCCAUUAUGCCGCCGCCCGAUUACCUUGUUGGUUCCUAGUGAGUCUGCAUCAAGGUUGCAUCAAGAUCUUGGAGUUCCGGAGGUUUUACGAAGAGUUGAACAAUAUAACCGCCAUUUUGGCCAACAUGCCAAUGGCCUUCUCCAGAGAAUGCAAGAUCUUCCCUUUCUCCUCCGGAGAUUACUGCGAGAUAUGACAGAUCCUCAAAGAUCUCUUCCGUUUGUCAUCAGGGCACGUGUUUAUUUGGCAGUGUUUUUAAGUGGUAUAUACGUCCUUAGCCCUGUAGACCUUAUCCCAGAAGGGUUUUUGGGUAUAAUAGGUUUGCUAGAUGAUCUGAUUAUCAUGUUCAUCUGUUUCCUGCAUGUUGCUGCUCUGUAUAGAUCAGUUCUUCUCUUUCGCCAUGGAGGUUCUUAGAUGCUUGCAUCAUACGACAACUGCGAAAAAUGAAGAAGAUACAAAUUAUGCCAAUAUGAGAUUUUCUUGUUUAGUUUAUUUUACUCACUCAAUCAAUACUUAAGGGAUGUUUGCUGUAAAAUGUGUACUUUCACAUGAUUUAGCUAGUGUGCUUGUACAAUUGCAGACACAACUUGUUAUAGAGGUACAGUCGACGACAGUGUCAUAUUUAGAGCUUUGUGUUUCUAGCA